AUGAAGUGUUCUUACAAAGGAUCAGCCAUUCUCGCUACCGAUUAUUACCCAUUCCUCUACAAACGACCAAUCUCCUCUCUACCCGCUUCGUUCCCUUCCACUUCCCUCUCUUACCCGACCCGAACCCGAUUCUUAUCAACCCGGAUCCAAGCCCGGCUCAUCCACGACGAUCCGGUCAAGCAAUCGGAGGAUUUAAGCUUCUACGAUCUUCUCGGCGUCACCGAAUCCGUUACUCUUCCGGAAAUCAAACAAGCGUAUAAACAGCUUGCUCGAAAAUAUCAUCCCGAUGUUUCGCCUCCGGAUCGGGUCGAGGAAUACACAGAUCGGUUUAUUAGGGUCCAAGAAGCUUACGAGACUCUCUCCGAUCCUCGCCGGAGACUUCUAUACGACCGAGAUUUAUCGAUGGGAUUCUCAUUUUCUUUCUCCGGUCGUCGCCGGAAUCGGUACGAUGAGGAAGUGGUGGAAGAGAAGAGUGAUUGGAAGAAAAAAUGGCAAACUCAGCUCUCAGGGCUAAAGAGAAGAAGCAGUCAUAGAGACAACAACACAAUGUCUUGGGCUGCUAGAAUGCGCCGUCAACAUAACACGUCUGAAGAUUCUUCUCCUUAA